AGAGCCGCAAGGAUGCGCGGGACAGACGCAGGGUCCGCUGCGCCGCGUGCGUCUGCUGGCCCUUCAGAAGCUCCUGCGGACAAGGCGGAAGUGCCUCUGCCGCCCGCUCCCUUCCGGCGCGGUGCUGUCCGGUCAGCUGAGAACCCGAGGUGACUGAUCCUCCGUGGCCGGGAGACGGGCGAGCCCAGGAGUCGCCGCGGGGCCGCUGGAGGCCCUGGGCGCAGACAUGGGCUCUGUGAGCUUUGAAGAUGUGGCUGUAAACUUCACUGUGGAGGAAUGGGCUUUACUAGAUCCUUCCCAAAAGAAGCUGCACAAAGAUGUCAUGGAGGAGACCUUCAGGAACCUGGCUGCUAUAGGAAAAACACAAGACCAGAACAUAGAUGAGGACCAUAGAUAUUCUAGAAGAAAUCAAAGAAAUGACGUUGUGGAAAGACUGUUGGAGCAUAGCAAAGGUACUGAAAGUAAAGAAAUCUUCAGACAGAUUCCAAACACCAUUGUGAACAGGAAAAUUUCUCAUAGAACAAUGCUUAGUGAAAACCCUGUGUACAAGGACAACAUGCUCAUUAGUCAGUCAUCUCUUACUGCAUCUGUGCCUCUUCAGACUCCACACAAACCUCAUGAAUAUGAACCACAUGGAGAGAACCUCUAUAAAUUUGGAGAAUGUGAGAAAGCCUUCAUUUAUCCAGAAUGCUUUCUGAAGCCUGAAGACAGUGACACUAGAAAGAGAUCCUAUGAGUUGAACCAGUGUGAGGAAAUCUUCAAAAGUAAUGAUUACAUUCAAAUACGUGUGAAUGAUGAAACUAGAGAAGAAAUAUGUAUAGAUAAGCAGCAUUAUAAUGCCUUUACUUAUCCUGAUUUUCUUCAGUAUGUUGAAAAGGUCCACACUGGAAAGAAACCCUAUGCAUGUAAACAAUGUGGGAAAACCUUUUCUUUUUUGAGUAACAUUAAAAGACAUGAACGGACUCACUCUGGAGAGAAACCAUACAGGUGUAAUAUAUGUGAUAAAGCCUUCACUUGUUCAACUAACUUUCAAGAACAUGAAAGAACUCAUACUGGAGAGAAACCCUAUUUAUGUACACAAUGUGGUAAGUCCUUUUCUUUUCUGAGUAACAUUCGAAGACAUGAACGGACUCAUACUGGAGAAAAACCAUACAGAUGUAAUGCCUGUGGUAAGGCUUUCAGUUACUUGACAAACUUUCAAGACCAUGAAAGAACUCAUACUGGAGAAAAACCUUACGUGUGUACACAGUGUGGGAAAGCUUUCACUUACUACUAUUCAUUUCAGACACAUAAACGAUGUCACACUGGUGAAAAGCCCUAUGUAUGUAAGCAAUGUGGGAAAGCCUUCAGUUACUACAAUUCCAUUCAAACACAUAAACGUUGUCACACUGGAGAAAAGCCCUAUGUAUGUAAGCUUUGUACUAAAGCCUUUACUACUCUCAGUUCUCUUCGAUAUCAUGAGAGGAUUCACAGUGGUGAGAAGCCCCAUGUAUGUUUGCAAUGUGGGAAAGGUUUCAAUUCUUCCAGUACCCUUCGAAUACAUGAAAGGACUCACACUGGAGAGAAACCCUAUAAAUGUAAGAAGUGUGGAAAAGUCUUUAGUGUGGAGAGUUCCCUCCGAUGCCAUGAAAGGAUUCACAGUGGGGAGAAGCCCUAUGUGUGUAAGCAAUGUGGAAAAGCCUUCACUCGUCAUACCUCCCUUCGAUGCCAUGAAAGGAUUCACUGUGGGGAGAAACCCUAUAUGUGUAAGCAAUGUGGGAAAGGUUUUAUUUCUUCCAGUAACUUUCGAAAACAUGAAUGGACUCAUUCUGGAGAGAAACUCUGUGUAUGUAAACUAUGUGGUAAAGCCUUCACUGGACAUAGUUCACUUCAACGCCAUGAAAGAAUUCACAGUGGAGAAAAACCCUAUGUAUGUAAGCAUUGUGGGAAAGAUUUCUCUUCUUUGAGUGGCUGUCAAAGACAUGAACAAAUUCACACUGGUGAGAAACCCUAUGUAUGUAAGAAUUGUGGGAAAGCCUUUACUAAUCCCAGUACCCUUCGAAAUCAUGAAAGGAUUCACAGUGGUGAAAAACCCUAUGUAUGUGAACAGUGUGGGAAGGGUUUCAUUUCUUUUAGUAAGUUUAGAAUACAUGAACGGAUUCACACUGGAGAAAAACCAUAUAAGUGUAAGCAAUGUGGGAAAGCCUUCACUGGUCACAGUUCCCUUCGACGUCAUGAAAGGAUUCACAGUGGAGAGAAACCUUUUGUAUGUAAACACUGUGGGAAAUCCUUUUAUACUUUAAGUGAUUGUCAAAGACAUGAACAGAUCCACACUGGUGAGAAACCUUUCAUUUGCAAGCAAUGUGGGAAAGCUUUUACCCGGUCCAGUUCCCUUAAAAUACAUGAGAAGACUCACAGUAGAAAUCCCUAAGUGUAGAACACGGAAAGGCAUUCUUAGCAUGACAAUGCAUAGGGCAGAGACCCAGGGCCAUGUUGUCUGUAGGAAUGCCUCUAGUCAUCUUGAUGGCAUUCAAGUAUGUAGUAGUUCAUAGCAUAGUGAGAAGCUCCAACAUGAAGUCAAUAGAGACACAUACCUUAAAUGGAUGUAUAGAGAAGUCUUCAGUUGGCUAACCUCUGAGAAAGUACCCAAUAUCAAGUUGUAUAUCAAAAUUAUCAAAACAGUUUACAAAGAUUUAUGAAAAUUCCUUGAGUAAUCAAAUUCAUUAAUUCUUUUUAAGAUCCCUGUGAAUAAACACUAACUGGUCAAUAAUUCAGAAGAUAAAUCACUAGAAUGUUUACUUCUAAUUUUGACUCUUGUAAAUAAAUUUUCAGAUGACCUAAUCUCUAAGUGUCUUUAAGCAGUAAGGCAUGAAUUUAAUGGGUUGUGUCUUUACAAGUCAUGUACAUUUCCUCUUUCUGUGUUGGAUUCAAAUGAGAUGUAUUCCUAAUAUGUUUUAGAGUAAUGUUAAUGAGCUGUUGAAAAAUGGAAUUUUAUUUUUAGGCUUUCUCUAUUGACAUCAUAUGGGAACUUCUUAUCUUUGAUAUUUUUGUAUUUGUCUUGUUUUUGUUUUGUUGGAUUUUCAUUUGAGUCAGGGUUUUUCUGUGUAGCCCUGGCUACCCUGGAGCUGGUUCCUUAGACCAGACUGGCAUAAAACUUGGAGAUAUAUCCAUCUCUGCUUCCCAAGUGCUGGGAAUAAAGGUGUGUGCCACCAUGCUGGGCUUUAUCUUUGAUGUUUAUGCUGUAUCUUUUCUAUUCUUCUCAUUGUUACUGCCAAAUACUUGAAACAACUUAAGGGGAGGAGGGGAGAAUUUCUUCCCUUCAGCUCACAGUUCAUUAUGGCAAGGAAGUCAUCAAGUACAGGAGUUUAUAUCAUUUUGUGGACACUAGAAACUAGUAUGCAUUAUAAGAAGGACCAGUAGACCAUUUCACAAGCACAGCUUUUCCCAAUGACUUACUCCCUCCAAUUAUGUCAUACCUCCUGCAUAUCACCUCUCCCAACUGUACCUCAUGAACUAGCAGAGGGAGUCCUCUGGCUAGUAUAGAGCCCUGUUGAGCUAAUCAUUUCUGGAAGUGACAAGGGAUAGUUGUGUUACUUUAACCCUAGCAUUGCACAGUGAAGUCCAGUUGAUUUCUCAGAUCAGAUGGCAUUUUGUAUUUGAUGUUUUAUAGUUUGAUAUAUGUUUUCUUGAAGAUUUUGCACACUAUACUUCUGAAAGUUCUGAACUAUUUUGGCCAAUUUACAGAUUAUCAAAUGAAAAGAUAUCUGCAAAUAUCCUACCAUAAUCAUAAGUUAGAUAGCAUAUAUACCUGCUGAUAUCUACCUUUAAUGUCAAGUCAUUGUUGUGUGCUUACAAAUAGUGCUUACCCUCUAUUCCUGAGUUAAUCUCAGGUCAGGCUUGUGUUGUAACUUUGCUUUGUUACUUGUGUUUUACUCAUACACAUAGUUUAAGUGCCUUUUUACCAGAGACUGCAGGGACCUUACUUUUUGUGGAUUAAUAUCUAAUGAAUUAUGCAACCAACUCUGUCUGUAACCAUAAGUGGCCAUGUAUUUUUGUCAUUAAAAUCACUUUCCCCCUUUUAUUCUGUUUUGUUUUUUUAGACAAGCUCUUACUCUGAACCCAGGUGAGCCUGUAAUUCACUCUUAUUUCAAGGAUAACAGGCCCAAGCCAUUACAUCAUGCUUGAAAGUCAUUCUUGUUUAAAUUUCUGAAGGAUUUGUUUUAGAGGGAUCACUUGGUACUGAACAUGAAAUAUCCCCCAUACCACACUGAUAUCAAACAUACUAAGGCACAUGCCUGGCUACACUGUAGGUGUGAGCAUAAAUCUUUAGCACUUGGUAUUUCUUACCCAGAAGGCUGCAAUUGUGCAAUAAAGAGAAACAUAAGUCAUGAGAAGAACUCGGUACAAUUAAUAAGGGCAGUAGUGGUUCUUUUCCAUGUUUCAAAAGUACAGUUUCACCAAGAAGUAUAUAGUAGGUUGAAAAUACAGUUGAUACACUUAAGUUCGAACUCCAGAGCUAAGUUCAGUCCAGCUUCAGUAUGUUCAGACCAUUUCUAUUAAUCUAUAGUUGAAUAAAAGUGUAAAGCGAUGGCUUUUAUAGUAUGUUGAAUAUAUCAUAUGGUUCACCAAAUACGUGUAUUGAAUGGCAUCAGUUUAUGUGCUCCCGAAUCGGUGGUGGCUUACUAUGCUGCUUGAUACUAUCCAACCAGCAUCAUGAGAAACUGUACUUGUAUAUCUCAACUUCAAAUUGACCUCAUCUUGAAAAGUGAAGAUAUCUUCUGUUGUGUGUUUUAUCCCCAGCAUCUUUACAUGAAAAAGUCAAUAGCAAAACCAUCAUGAGUCAAUGAUCACCUUUGCCUCAAUUCAAAUGUGUAAUCCAGCUGUCCCCUGCAUGUAUAUAUACACUGCUUAUAUCUCCUGGGAUUGUAUUGCUUACUUUUGUAUUGCUGUGAUAAAUCAGAUGGAAGAACAA